AUGAGUGGUCCUCCAUACAGAGGUCGCCUGCAUGAUCUUCCAAAGGUGGGGAACUCCCCAAAUGGACCUGUUCGCUACCAGAAAGAACAGGAAAUUCCACCGGUUUUGUUCUCGACAGGGUCUGACUCCCUCUUCGAUGCCUUCAUCCUGUUGUGGUCAGGGAGCCUGAUGUACGCUUUCCCUCCGAUUCCACUCAUCAGCAGGGUCCUGCUGCAGUUCUGCAGCCCUGCCAGUCUCCAGAGCAAGCAGCGACUUUUUGUUUGACUCUCUGGUAGCAUGGGUUAUCCUCUCCUUGUGGAACAGCUGCUGUGGCAUAUGGCUCCUCUCCUAUAUGUUUCAGGGGACACAACUGAAAAAAUUCUAACAGUUGGGAACGUUUCUGCAGUUGAAAACAGCAACAUCACCCUGCGGUGUUCUCUCUCUUUGACCAAUGCCAUUGUGUUGCAGGUGAACUGGAACAGGUGUAACAAGGUCACGCUUGCAGUUUACCUAAACAAAGAUAAAGGCAGCCAGCCGGUGUUCACUGAGAAGGUAUCACUGGCAGCAGAGUACGGGAUAACAAUCCACUUAUUAGGCAUCAAUGACACUGGAGAUUACUGUUGUGAAUUUCACACCUUCCCUUAUGGGAUAUACGAAGGGAGAAUGUUCCUGGAACCGACAGGAGCAUCAGAGGAGACGAUCCUUUAGAAGAACCUUCCAUACAUAAUAAUCAGCCUGAUAUUGGGAGUUCUGCUCCUCGUGUGUUUCAUAGUAUGGAUCCUCAGAAGAAAGAAACAAACUUGGAAGAUCCACGUGCCGCCCCAUGUCCUGCAGAAGGCAGCCUCCAGCAGCAGCAGGCAGGACUGCAGCUCACCAAACUCCACCACAGACAGCUCAGCAGAGGCCAGGGUGGCAUCUGCCAGCAGCAUGGGAGCGCAGAAUGAGUCUGAUGAUGGUCACGACUACUUCAACAUCCUGUGAAACAAAAGCCACAGCAGCAGGAGCACUGUGGUACAAAUGGGGUAGCUGGGUGGGGAGGAGGGAGUUUUGGCUGUGGGGAAGCUUAGAGUUCCUACAUCAGUUCUUUAGUUGAAACCUUUCUGCUUCCUCCUGUUAAGUCCUGUUACAUGGUCUGGAGGUUGGCUGGUCAAGAGAAAGGGUAUAUGUGGUGGUGGUGGAGGAAGGGAGAAGUACAGAGCACUGUUGUACAGGCACAGGGUGUUUGCACUGGAUAAAUCAAGAGAUUGGGAAGGCCUUUACCUUCUAGGGUUUUGUUCAAAAUCCCAUCCAGGCUGGUAGCGACAAGAAGUUGUUACUAGCUGAAGGGCUGCUUGGAGGUCUCACGCCAGUUUUCUAGGGGUACCAGUGACCACAUCACAACUGGGGGAAGAAAACUGGUUCAGUAGAGAAGCAAGGUAAUGACUGAGUCAUGGAAUGACAUGCCUUGGUGUUGCAAUCCUCUGGCUGAGACCCACUGGAAUAUGUUCCUGGAUUGUCACUAUGGCCUCGGGGUGCAGAUUUGAUGAGUUUACCUUGUUUUGAGAAGAGUGCCUCCUGCCUGUAGAAUGAGAAAAAAAAAUUCUAGAUUCCCAUUAAAAUGCUCUUUCAACCCCUGCUAUGGAAAUGAUUAUCCAAUGUAUUUCUAUGGCCCUCAUCUUUUAGCAAUGAUGUUGCUUUGCCAGAACUGUGGGGAUGAUUCUCAUGUAUCCCAUUGGAAGAGGAUCUCAUUUCCAGGCUUUCGACAAAUGGAAGAUAUCUUGUCUUGAAGUUUUUAAAUCUUUUAGGGCAAAACCAAAAGCCCCGAGGAAGCAGGGGUGUGUGUCCUAACUUUCACAAGAAGACACCUAAAUUAGGAUACCUUGUUUAUGCAUUUGGACUCAAUCCAAGUGCAGAACUGGGUGCCCUAAAUUAAGCCUCCAUAUUUGAAAAGUGUGCUCCAGUGAUGAAACUGUGGUCCUGUUGCAUCACUGGGAGUUUUGUUGUUAGUUUCAGUGGGACCAGGAUUUGCCUAAGGAUGUGAAAGAAAAAUCAAAACUAGUAAUUGAGUUUGGGGUGGAAGGAUAGGUUAGGAUACGUAGGGCAUCUGCCUUCUCAGCUCCUGCUUGGCCUUCCAGCGGCAUCUCCAGCCUGGCAAGUCUUGUGUUCUGGCUUGAAAUCAUGCAACUUUCAGCAGCCAUUGCUGCAUUUUUACCAAUGGAGUCUUGGAUUCAAACUUGACUUAGGUCACCAAUGAGAGAGUUUGGUGACCUUUGCCUUAUCUUAAGAGUAGGUUUAUGCAAAUCACUGAACCAAGAUAUUGCAGCUCAGGACUGAAAUAUAGAAGCUAAAUUGUAUAGGAGGUGUACAACAGUAAAGAUAUUGCAGAUUAAGACUGAGAUGCACUAGCUGAUCUGUAAGGGGUCCCAGGACAGGACUAGCAGGGGGACUGCAGAUCAGGAUGGAGGGGUAUGGGCAGAGCUGUGUGUGAGGAGCCAAGGACUGGAAUAGCCAGGGAAGAUGCAGGGCAGGUUACUUAGUCUGCUGUUGUAAUGGAUUUUUAAAAUAUUAUUUGACCAAAAAGCUUCUAUUUUUAAGAAGCUCCUUUUUUGGCCAUAUUUUGUGAUAUUAUGCUUCCAUUCAGUGAUAUCUCUGUGUUACAGAGUCCUCUGGAAAAGUUUAGCCCCCGAGUCAAAUGUUGCAAUGUAGUCAUACAAUGUGUGCGCCAAUGUGGUACUGUCCUAUCAACUGCAGGAUUGUGUAUUUACAUGCAACCUUGUAUAGUCUAGGAGGAAAAUAAACCCACAAAGACACCUGCCAAGUUUUUUACUUUUUUUUUAAUUAUUCCUUCAUAUUCAAACUUCACAAACAGUGUGAACUUGUACAAUACCUCAGAAAGUGAAACUUACAAAAAAAGUGCUGGUAACAUUAAAAAAACCCCAAAAAACAAACAAACAAAAAAACAAAAACAAAAAAACAAACAUCAUUCUUAGCAACAUCAAUUACUCUUCCACACAAAACAGAAACCUUGUAAAAUUUAUUUCCGUAUUUUUUAAGGCGUAAUACUUCCGUAUAAAGUAUAUGCAAGAGAUAAAACUUCACAGUAUUCCAAAAUGUCACAAUAAUAAUAAUAAUAAUAAUAAUAAUAUAGUAUAAUGAAGCGCUAGUUAAUUUUCUUUUUUUUCCUUUUUUUUCUGUUUUAAAUAACAAAUACAAGUCACAGGUAAAUAUACGUGAGAAAAAUACGAGGCUAAUAUUAAAUGGCAGGUAAGGAUACUCUCACUGUAAGAAAAACUGGCAGGAUGUGUGUAUUGAUUCUAUAUUUUAAAGCACUUGAUAGAAAAGGCGUAUGCAAGGGUUUGUUUAAACAAUUUUCUGUUUGCUUGUUUAAUAACUGACAUACCAUUUACAGAGUAUAAUAAGAGAAACAAAAGGAACUCAUAACCCCUCCAAACUUUUGACCUGCUCUUCAUAUCUUCACAAACCAUGUCUCAGUGUGUGUGAGUGUAUAAAAACACACACAGCCACAACAACGCACAUUGCUAGAGGCAAAGACCUGUCUCCUGAGAAGCAGCUUUGCCUGCUGGGGACCAAAUCAUGAAGUCUUUAUUCUGGCAUAACUGCCACUGAAAGCAGUGUGCGGGGGGAGGGGCUGCCUGCCCAAAGACUGCAGGAUUUAGGCCUGAAUGCAGUUUCCCAUUCACUCGGCUUUGAAGGAUUGUUGGGAAUUUCUUUGUUCCCAAUAAGGAAAUGUCCCCCUCCCUCAGCCAUUUAUGAAUUUUUAACUUUGUCUGCCAAAAAGGGCAGAGACGGGUUAAGAAAUUUCCCUCUAAAUUCAAACCAAUCCAAUGAGGAACGGGAACAUAGAUGGAGCGUCUCUCUCUCUCUCACACACACACAGAUAUCACAGCAGGGUGUGCGUGCAUGUGCGUGCAUUUCAUAGAAAGGCCUGUGGAAUGCACUAGGCGCACACACAGCCAUACCCUCGCCCCCGCACACGUGUGUACAUGUUAACAGCCAGCCAUUCAGCCAACAGGUAACAAAAAGACAGCAGAUAGCAUAACACAUCAAUAAGGUGCUCAAAGAAAAAAGGUGGCUACCACUCCUGGAAUGGGAAGCCACAUUAAGGUGCUUCAAAAAGUUUUUUUUUUUUCUAUUUUUUUUCGUUUUAGACAUUUAAAAAGUACUGAUUUUGCAUGUGCUGAUUGAGAGCAAGGCCAAGAGUUUUGAGAUCUGACAUCUUCCAUAAACAAGGGCUUUUUCAGGACAGGGUUUGUUUUUGUGGGAGGAUUGUGUAUUUUUGUAGAUUUAUUAUUUUUAAUUUAAAAAAAAACCCAAGAAACAAACCAACCCCAAAAUAACCAAGCUGAGAAUUGGUGUAGCACUUUAAUUGCAUUAUUGGACCGAAAGGGUUUUUGCCCAUUCAUUCAGUUGCCUUCAGUUAGCACCGUUCCUUUUUAUUCUGGUUACAAACCACACCUACAAUAGUUAUUGAACGUACAGAAAGAACCAAGUCACUUGCAAGUAGCUGUUUUCAUUUUUUGUGAUGUGUUUCAAGAGCCCAACCAUAAUUUCUCUGCUGCCUUUGUGUUUGUGUAGCAUCCGGUUUUGUGAGCUUAACUAUAGACAGACUCUCUACUUAAGCUUUGUGUGUCUCGGUGUGUGUAUACGGAUAUGGGUAUGUGUGUAUGUAUACACAUAUUCUAUACAUACGUACACCACAGAGUAUAUUUUAACUGGAGAUAAAGUGAACUGGGUUCAGACACUCAUGCACUAUCUUCCUCCUGUGUAUUUGAAACAGACUGGAGCACUGAUUUAUUUAUUUUUUUUAAAGUG